AAAUGUUUUCCAGUGAUUGUUGUCAGAUGCAUCUGCUAUUUUGACAAUUUACAUUCAUUCUUCAGUAAGAUGAAUCAACAAUGUAUUGCAUACUUCAUCCUUAUAGUUGGAAUAUUCACUACAGUUUUCCCUAUCCAUGUUGUCACUUUGAAAUGCAAAGCUGGUUUUGAAAACAUCGCAAAGUGGUGUUUUUCAAUUCAUCUUGAGAGCAAAUCUUUGUCCAAGUCACGUGAGAUUUGCGAGAAGACUGGCGGCAACAUGGUUCUACUUGAUGAACAUAUGAAACUAAAUUUGCUGCGGAAAUAUAUUCAAGAAAAGAGACUUAUUCAUAAACUAUACGUGAAAAAUAAGGAGGCAUUGCUGAAAUCAUAUCAAGAACUUCAGGAUCUCUUGACAUAUCAUAAAAAGUAUUGCAAGUCGUACAAGAAAAACAAGCUUAAAAAACCAACAGAGGAAUUUUAUGUUCCAAACGCAAAGUUACCCGUUUUCUUUGAUGAAAAUGAGCGUGCGCGAUUGACAACCCCACCUGGCUAUUUUAUUGCCAACUCUUCAAUACCCAGUGCUGGAUACGGAGCAUGGACAAUGACUGGAGUCAAAAAGUAUACAGUACUUGGGGAAUAUGAGGGAGAGGAACAUAAGAAAGAAGGGAACCAGCCUUACUCCUGGGUUAUAUAUGAAGAUAAAGAAAGGAAAAAGAAACAUUAUAUAGACGCAUCUUCUCCCGCCAAAAGUAACUGGUUGCGGUAUGUCAACUGUGCAAGGAAUGUGCGCGAAGAAAACGUGUUUUCAUUUGGUUGUGACGGCCUAGUAUUUUAUAUGACGACAAAAGACGUGGAACCCAACACAGAGUUACUGACCUGGUAUGGAGAAAAUGAUGGACGUUUCUUAGGAAUAACGAGAUUGCAUCCAGCAAGCGAAUUGAAUCUGAAAUCAGCUUCUCAUAUCCGUUUGAGUUAUAUGCCUAAGGAUUCAUUAAACGAUUAUCUUAAAUAUCAUCAAAACUGGUUUUCAAAUAAAUAUGAUAAAAAGAGCAACAAAACAUAUCAUGGAAUUAUAGACACUUAUGAGGAUGGGACGUGGACAAUGCAGCGGGAAGGAAAUUACACGUAUUAUACUGGGGAACAGGGACUUCUAGUUCCAUUUGUGUGUGAACAUGAACCACUGGAAAAAGAAUAAGAUCAAAUAUGUUAUUUAAAUUAGUGCAAUGGUUUAUGUAGAUAAAUACCUGUGUAAAGUAUUAGAUAUACAUACAAUAUAACUUAGAUAAAAGGAUUGUUUUUUCCUAUCUCAAUCUGAUUAAUUUUAUGGUGAAGGAUAUUACAAGGUACGUUCUCAUGUGCCCCUCGUUAAUAUCUUGAGUGCUUAACUACUGAUAAUGAUUUACCCUCUGAUGGCGGUCGUUUUAUUUUCUUAUGAUACAAAUCAGUCACUAUUAUAUCAAUAUCUUGGGUACAAAUAAAUA